AUAGCCCAAACAAGUUUUAGGCAAAAUCCAUCUAGUGACUCUUCAAUAUUCAUCAUGUCCAAACCAAGGUUGGACGGUAAGGUGGCACUUAUAACCGGGGCUGCCAGUGGGAUUGGCGAAGAGGCGGCGCGGUUAUUUGCUGAAAACGGCGCUUCUGUUGUCAUCGCCGAUGUGCAAGAUGAAUUGGGAAACAAAGUAGUGGAAUCAAUCGGCGGAGAUAGAGUUUCUUACUGCCACUGUGAUGUCAGAGACGAGAAGCAAGUGGAGGAGACGGUGAAGUUUACGGUGGAGAAGUACGGGAAACUGGAUGUUCUGUUCAGUAAUGCCGGAAUCAUUGGCCCCCUGAACGGUAUCUUGGAAUUUGACCUCAACGCCUUCGACACUACCAUGGCCACCAACGUCCGAGGCGCCGCCGCCACUAUAAAGCACGCCGCACGUGCCAUGGUGGCCGGAAACAUCAUGGGAUCUAUAAUAUGCACAGCUAGUGUGGCCUCCCUGCUUGGAGGGGCAGGACCCCAUGCUUACACAGUAUCCAAGCACGCCCUCGUGGGUCUGGUCCGAGCCGCCUGCGGAGAGCUAGGGGCCCACGGGAUCAGGGUGAAUUGCAUUUCACCGUUUGGGGUUGCGACGCCGCUCUCUUGCGAAGCUUACAAUUUGCAGCCGAGUGAAGUGGAGGCCAAUUGCUGCGCCGCCGCCAACUUGAAGGGCAUUGCAUUGAAAGCCAUGCACGUGGCGGAGACGGCGUUGUUUCUUGCUUCCGAUGAAUCAGCUUACAUCAGCGGGCAGAACUUGGCGGUUGAUGGCGGCUUGGCGGUGGUUAAUCGGAGAUUUUCAGCCUAAAAGAUGGUUCGUUUUGUCUACAGAUCUUGAAGGAGCUGCCAAUCAUUUUUUUUAAAGUUUUUUUAACAUGUACUUAACAUAUUAUUAAGAUUAACGUGGAUCAAUUUUAAUUUCAAAAAAAUUAAAAUUUUAAU